AUAAAACUGAUAGUAACUCUGCUAGGAGUAAUCAUCACCCUCUGCUUAGUUGGGCCAUUGGACUCAUUAAAUCAGCACUUAGAAGUGCUAUCAGACUCAUCUCUCCUGAGCAGCAUAAAUGAAGCCAGGCAGCUGGUGGAUGCAGCGUACUUACAUGCCCGAAAAAGCUUAAAGCAAAAACUAGAGGAAAAAGUUGCCAGUCCCAUGGAUUUCCUGAAGCACUUAAAGGAGCCUGUAGGAAGAACCAGAUCUGCAGUCCGUGCUGCCGACUAUUUGGAAACUACCUUGAAACUCCUCAAAGGAAAGCUGCAGCUGCCUGGGAAGGGGAGAUUCAAUGUUACAGACCUCCUAGACGGAAAACAGAAGGAGAUGAUUUCCAGAGAAACUGGCUGUGACUGUCAGAUUCAUUCUAUUAAAUGCCCAGAGGAUGAUAGUUACCGGACCAUUACUGGAGAGUGUAACAACAGAAAGCAUUCUCAUUUGGGGGCCUCCAACCAUGCAUUUGCUCGCUGGCUCCCAGCAGCAUAUGAAGAUGGAGUGUCUGUUCCCAGAGGAGUAAGUGAAGGAAAGCUUUACAAUGGAUUUCCACUCCCACUGGUUCGAAAAGUGUCCAAUGAAAUUGCUCGAACAGGCAAUGAGAACAUUACUCAGGAUCAGGAGCUCUCUCUUUUCUUCAUGCACUGGGGCCAGUGGGUCAACCACGAUAUAGACUUAGCCCCUUCCAGUGGUGCAGGAGCAAACCCGGAUCUUCACUGUGAGACCGACUGUACCUUCAAGUCCCCUUGCUUCCCAAUCAAGUUCCCCCCUGAUGACCCACGGGUGCUGAGAUCAAAUUCCUGUAUGCCAUUCAUCCAGUCAGCUUCAGUGUGCAAUCCCAGGACAUUUACCCGUGAGCAGAUCAAUGCAGUCAGCUCAUUCAUUGAUGCCAGCAUGGUGUACGGCAGCGAAGACUCCAUGGCAAAGAGUCUUAGAAAUCAGACCAGCCGGAUGGGUUUGUUGGCUGUGAACCAGAACUUCACUGAUGCAGGGUUGGAAUUAUUGCCCUUUGAGAACAAAACAAAAAGUGUUUGUGUACUCACAAACAAGAGUAUGAACAUCCCCUGUUUUAAAGCAGGUGACAAACGGGUAACUGAAAACCUGGGACUUUCUGCUCUGCACACUGUCUUUCUCCGAGAGCACAAUCGCCUGGUUACAAAGCUGAGGAAGUUAAAUCCUCACUGGGAUGGAGAAAAGCUUUACCAAGAGAGUCGAAAGAUCGUAGUUGCCAUGACCCAGAUAAUAACAUACAGGGAUUAUCUUCCACUUGUGCUUGCAGAGGAGACUAACAGGUGGAUACCCUUGUACAGUGGUUACAAUGAGACUAUGGAUCCUACGGUAUCAAAUGUUUUCUCCCUGGCUUUCCGAUUUGGUCAUACCUCAGUACAGCCUUUUGUAUCCCGUUUAGAUGACAGUUUUCAGCCUAUGGGUUCACUUUCCCACAUCCCUCUUCAUUUGACAUUUUGCGCUUCUUGGAGAAUUAUAACAGAAGGUGGUGUUGACCCUCUGAUACGAGGCAUGGUUGUUGAUCAUGCAAAACUAAUGAAACAGAAUCAAAUUCUUGUUGAGGAGCUCCAGAACCACCUUUUUGAACAGACUGCUGUAAUGGGUCUGGAUCUAGCAGCCCUGAACUUGCAACGGGGAAGAGACCAUGGCCUUCCAGGUUACAAUGCCUGGAGGCGCUUCUGUGGGCUCUCCCAGCCUCAAAGUGUAGAGGAACUCUCUGAGGUGCUAGGCAACUCCAAAUUGGCCAAGAAGUUCAUGGACUUGUAUGGGACACCAGACAAUAUUGACCUUUGGAUUGGAGCAGUUACAGAGCCCUUCAUUCCCCAGGGUAGAGUCGGGCCCCUCCUGGCCUGCAUCAUUGGCACCCAGUUCAGAAACCUGCGUGACGGAGACAGAUUCUGGUGGGAGAAACCAGGAGUUUUCACUCUGCAGCAGUUACAUGCACUGAAAAAAGUUUCGCUGUCGAAGGUGAUCUGUGACAAUACUCAUAUCAAAAAGUUACCCCGGAACAUGUUCCAAGCCAGCACUUAUCCUGAGAACUUUGUUGACUGCCAUGAGAUUGACAUGCUCAAUCUCUCAGCCUGGAAAGAUGAACCUGAGAGUGGCAGGAAAGGUACUCAGGGGACUUCCCUUGUCUCUCAAAAAUACUAAAUCUGAUCUACAAUGUCAGACUCUCUUGCACCUAAAGCAAUAAAAGAAUUAAGGUCAUCAUAGUGAUCCUGCCCCCAGAAUACAGUAUGUCCAUCCAUUCAGCCCCAUUCAGACACAACAGGAAGCAGACAAGCUGUUAGCCUACUCUCCUCAUAAUCCACUCCUUAGCAGCCUAAUUCUUCCUCUUCAACUCGAUGGAAUAUCCCUGACAGUCCAAUCUGUUUUGGCCCCUGUGAAUGUGUCCUCUAGGAAACAUUCCAAGUUGGAAAAUUUAUUCCAAGAAAUCUGGAGUCUUUCUUCAUAGGAAAGGUGUCUAUGAAGAAAUCAAUCAGAAUUAUCCAAACUGCUUCAAACUCUUGCUCUGCUGAUCUAAGCUCCUGCUUUCCUCUUGCCUUCCCCAAAGAAUUACAGUAUUUUAAGUUACACUGUCAAAACAACUCCAGGUAUAUGGCCUGACACAACAGUAAUUUAACACACACAGUCAGUGAUUAUGAUGUGCCACAUCCUGAAAGACAGUAAAACAAUGUCUUCAUACAAAAGACAAGGAACUAGCUGUAUCCUCCUACUGCACAAGCUCUCCCAGUUGGAAAUGAUGUAGAGAGAGCAAAGACUUGCAGAAGACAGAGCAGAAUAUACUACAUCGAGUUUUUCCUUCUAGCAACCUAUGUAUAGAUUAUCACAAUAUAUUGGGAUCACCUAGUUUGUUCUUUGCAAGGCACAGAGAGUAAAACAUCUCCAUGCAGCUCCUGUGCUGAGUUUGAUUAACUGUGUUUGGAAUAGACACUGGCAUUUAAGAAAGACUUUUGAUGUAAGGGCUGAACAGUGGUGACUCCACCCCGUUCUUCAGGAGCCAAAUUCAGCUGCUGCUUCCCUUCUCUAUGAACAAUAGAAGCUUCCUCAAUUGUUUUAUUAACUUUACCUUAUGGUCAGUGAAAUUUGCUGAGCCACUUCCUCUGGUCUUUUUAUCACCACCCUGGGAGGAAGCUGAGCUGUGUUUGCAUAAUGCAGCAACAGUGAAAUCCCAGGGUAUUAAAAAACAACAGCUAAGAGUUAAACCUUGUCAAGUGUCAUGCAAUUGCUCCCAAAAGCACAAGUUCAAAGGGCUUCCUGGUGCUAGGUCACUGAAGGUACCUUUUGACAAGACAUCACAGUGUCUCAAGGAAAAAGGAUACACAGGUGAAUUAGGCUUUCUGGCCCAAUAUUCGGUUACUCAUUGAACAAUGACUAAUUUAAGCUACGGAGUCAAAUAAAAAUGUGGAGAGGAAUACUGUGUCCAGCAAAGACUUUCUGCUGUUCAGUAGCCUUUUCUGCUUCAUUUACAGCUUCUAAUCUUGCUCUUCCAACCAGUACUGGAAACUUCUUUUGAUGGCACUAAGCUGUUUUGGGAAACUACUGUCUAUAUGUCAUGUUCAACCAACUGCUGUUGAUUGAGCAUCUGGCAUGUGUUUUCCCAGAGAGGAGCUCAAGACUGAGACCACUGUUUUAUUUGCUGUACUGCAUUUUUUUUUCAUUCAUUUGUAAAAGCUUCCUGUAAUGAAAUUCUUCAGAUAAGGCAGUGACAUUUUAUCACCUAUUGCCUUAAAAAUUUUCAGAGGUUUACAAAACUCAGUUAGGUGCUGUUUGUUUUAUGACUGUUUAAAAGCACAAUCAAAGAAGAAAUUUUCUGCUUCCCAUCCUGAAGGGGAGGCAAAUCUGGAAGCCAAGGUGCUUGCAUAAAACAUGUUUCAAACAUUGUCCUUAUUUAUGAUUUCUUAAUUACAGUAGUAGUAAUUUAGCCGUCUAAAUCAAAUUCCUUACCCUUUGUAUCUGCUCAGAAUCUAGCAAGUGCAUGUAACGUGUAAUCUUCAUCCCAAUGUUACUUAUCUCCUUGUUUUGUUCAAGAGUGUAACAUGGGGCGGGGGGGGUCGGGACUGUUUCUAGUUAGCAGUGAAAUUUUGCUCUCUGAAGACGCUGGAGAAUGGCAGCUGCAUCUUGAAGCCUAGAGACAGCUUUUACUUAAACUCCAUUGUGAAGAUGUGUUUGUCUGUGCGGGGCAUUAAUAAAAUACAUUAAAUGCA